CAUGAGGAACCACACCGCUGUCACCGAAUUUGUCCUGCUGGGACUCUCAGAUGCCUGUGAGUUGCAGAUGCUCAUCUUCCUGGGGCUGCUCCUGACCUACCUCCUCACUCUGCUGGGGAAUCUCCUCAUCGUGGGCAUCACCCUUGUGGACAGGCGCCUCCACACCCCCAUGUACUACUUCCUCCGCAACUUUGCUGUCCUGGAGAUCUGGUUCACCUCGGUCAUCUUCCCCAAGAUGCUGACCAACAUCCUGACUGGAUACAAGACCAUCUCCCUCCCAGGCUGCUUUCUCCAGCUUUUCCUCUAUUUCUUCCUGGGCACCACAGAGUUCUUCCUUCUGGCAGUGAUGUCCUUUGACAGGUAUGUGGCCAUAUGUAACCCCUUGCGUUAUGCAACCAUCAUGAGCAGAAGGGUCUGUAUACAGCUGGUUCUUUGUUCAUGGAUGGCAGGAUUCCUUCUCAUUGUCUUUCCAAGUUCCAUCAUACUUCAGCAGCCAUUUUGUGGCCCCAAUGUCAUUAACCAUUUCUUUUGUGACAACUUUCCACUCCUGGAACUCAUAUGUGCAGAUACGAGUCUGAUAGAGCUUCUGGGUUUUAUUGUGGCCAACCUCAGUUUGCUGGGCACUCUGUCCGUGACGGCCACCUGCUAUGGCCACAUCCUCCACACCAUCCUGCGCAUCCCCUCGGCCAAGGAGAGACAGAAAGCCUUCUCAACCUGCUCCUCCCACAUCAUUGUUGUGUCUCUCUUCUAUGGCAGCUGCAUCUUCAUGUACAUCCGGUCAGGCAAGGGAAAUGAAGGGGAGGACAGGAACAAGGUGGUGGCCUUGCUCAAUACUGUGGUGACCCCGAUGCUCAAUCCCUUCAUCUACACCCUCAGGAAUAAACAAGUGAAGCAGGUGUUUAGCAAGCAAUUAAGCAAGCUCCUCUCAUAAAGAUGAGCUGGGCCUGAAUGGGGAAAAUUUGUUCCUUGCCUGAACCUCUACAAAUGCAGUUCUGUCAUGAUCUCCA